AUGGGUUCGUCCCACGAUGGCGUCAUAUAUCACGAUUUUUUAUCGGAUGGUAGUGGCCUGAUCAUGAAGCGCAUCACGACCUGGGGAUCCGACGCUUGCCUCAGUGUCCCAGAGGACUCUCCAAGCUCGAUACAACACAAAGACAGCGAUGCUCGGAAGCGACUCUCGAGGGGCCUACACUCGACCCCAAAAGCUCUCCUCUGGAACGGCCUCCCUGCUGGGGAUGCAGCAUCCGUUGUGGACAGCUCAGGUCCCAGCGAAAUCGGCACCUGGAGCGGAUAUUUUUCGGUGGACACUGAGAGAGCGAAAACACAAGUCGGGGCGGAGCUGGGCGAACUAAGAGGCUUGCGCAUGAGAGGUUUUAGUUCAUAUACGUCCACGUCAUGAACGGAAACCUAACGAAGAGAAACUUUCAUUCUACUUCGUCUUUCCUGAGACCUUUCUGGUUUCAGAUUUUUUUUACGGGACGACCAGCAUGGUGAUAAUCAAUCAAAGGCUGUAAUUUCUUAGUGAACGUUCUGUACGCUCUCUUUUCGAGUGUUCCGA